AUCUUUUAAAGUCACUGGAACGCACUCUCCAAACAACAGUAUUUCGUUUCUCAUGAUUGGUUGCGCGCUAUAGGAUUUAUUUCAGUUUUGUGUUUAUUUUUGUUUUUAGAAGCUUGACGGUUUUUAUUGUUCACUGAUAAUAAGUUACAUGUUCAAUUGAAAAUGUGGGACAAAAUCAUAUACAUGAUAGUGAUUCUCAUAGUUACGUACAUUUUAAAACAAUUGUUUUCUGAAACACCGAAUUUUGUGAAAUUUAAAUCGAAAUUCCUUUUGUUUUAUAUCUGGACUUCUGUAACAGCAGUGAUAUUGUUGCCGUUUUUUGUGUUUAAUCCGAAAAAUGUGAAAAAUUCGCUAUUUGGAUCACAAAUAGUGAAACAUGUAACCAAAGUCAUUGAAGUGAAAUGGCUAUUAAGAAAUGGGAAAGUAUUAGCUGAAGACCGUGGAGCUGUUGUUGUUUCUAAUCACCAAUCUUCUAUUGACAUUCUGGGUAUGUUCAAUAUCUGGCAUGUAGCUGACAAAGUGGCAGCUAUAGCGAGAAAAGAAAUAUUCUAUGUGUGGCCAUUCGGCCUGGCCGCAUAUUUAGCUGGAGUGGUCUUCAUUGACAGGAACAACUCUAAAGAUGCUUACAAGCAAUUGAAAAUCACAUCUGAAGUCAUGAUAAAAAAUAAGACAAAGAUUUGGCUGUUCCCCGAGGGAACAAGGAACAAAGACUUCACAAAGCUGCUGCCGUUCAAAAAGGGCGCCUUCAACAUAGCGGUUGCUGCCCAAGUGCCAAUCAUCCCUGUUGUGUUCUCGCCCUAUUAUUUUAUUAACAGAAAGAAAUAUAUCUUUAACAAAGGCCAUGCGAUCAUCCAGUGUCUGGACCCGGUCCCGACUGAGGGACUUACUAUGGAGGACGUGCCGGCGUUAAUAAACAAAGUACGCAACUCCAUGGACGCGGCGUACAAAGAACUCUCCAAGGAGGUGCUGAGCUCCCUGCCGCCGAACUACCCGCUCGCGACCGAUUGAAGCAACAUGCCACCACCGGUACCACCUAAUAUUACAUUUAAUCAAUAUUAAGCUUUUACGUCAACAAGUAUUGUUGGCUCGUGAAAUGUUUGUACUAUACUUUAUAGUGAGCAUUCCAAUCGCAAGAAAUAUGAUAUUUCUGUGAUUUUAUACUAGGGAUUUAUUUAUAUAACUUGUCUAAUAAUUAAUCUAUAAUAUUUAAGGCACACUAUUGUGUUUUACCUUACGAAUUACCGACAUUUUUAUUUGAUGUCCAAUUUGGCAGUUGUUUUCAUAUUGCUAAAGUGCAUAUCAUGUAAAAAGGUAACGUAACAAGUCGCAUAAUUGCUAUCAGCACUAUUGUAGUUAAUAUUUUAUUUAUAUAGAACUUGUAUGAAGUAUUAUUUUUGUAAAAUGUAUAUUUAGUUCAAUAUUUCUUAUGUAUACUUUGGCUGGAACGCUUAUAAAGUGCUGAGCCGGGGCGCGUCAUAAUGUUUUACAGUAAAGGUGACUCGAGGCUAGGAGGGAGACAUGUAUCAAGUAGUUACUAUAGAAUGUUAAGGAACAAUUAGACCGGUUAAUUAGCACUCUACAGAUGAUUUAGUUGCGACAGGCGGCACGCCGCGACUAUCAUUUGUAGUGAUGACCUUUUUUUGUAUUCACAUCACACUUGCAUUGUAGCUGUUUGUUUCUGCACCAGUGCAGUGUGGAAUUUUAAUCACUCGUUAAGCAACAUCGCACAUUAACUUGACUGAAGCAAUUACCAUUUCAGUAUUUGAACAAUGUUCCACUAGUGAACUGCUUUUUAAUGUUUAGUUAAUAGUUAUACUUACCGUAGUGUUGUGUUGACAAAUUUCUUGUUAUUGAAAAUUCUUCCUUACAUUAAAGCGCACAAUGUACAUUAUUGAAUUUCAUUGUCCGUAGCAGUAGGAUGUACCAGCAUGCAAUGUUUUAUUAAACAUACUGUGCAUUGCAUGCGUUUAUGAAAUCAUUGUCAACAAUUUUGGUGCAAUAUUUUAAAAUUUUAAUUAAUUUCCGUGUCUAUUUAAAAAUUCUAAAUGAAACUAUAAUUUUGUGCCAUUCUACAAUAAAAUGGCGUGUAUGUGGAAAAUCUAUGAAUAUUUAAAUAAAUAUGUUAUUAUAGGUGAACACCGUGAGUACUUAUCGUUUACAUAUUCCAACCAUUCGUGUGGUAUACGUAUAAGUUCUUUAUAAAAUAUUAAUAACAGAAACCUAAUGUGUACCUAGCCUUUAUAAAAAGAGGUCGACAUACGCUACAUAAUUUACUUCGACCUUUAAAAACCAAUAAUUGUACCCUACGUCUUAGUCUAAACGCUUCAUAGUAUAAUCUACAGUAUUAUUUAUUGUAUGCAUCGCUUAGAUUCAAAUAUCGCGCCUUAAUAGUUAUUCUAAAGUCGCUCCAACGUUUAGUUAAGAUUUAUUUAGGCUACGUUCCUCAAUGAAACCUUUUUACUCUCUAGUCAUUGAAACGUCUAAAAGUGAAGUCAUUUCUAUGUGCUUUGCAUAACUAAGGACCUCUAGAACAAUCACUUAAACAAACAUGUAAUAAAUUACACAAACAACGUUAUAUAAAUUCAAUGCACGUUAUAAUCAAUUCUGUUUCCCAAAAAAACAAAGUUUGUAAAGGAAAGUUUCUCGCCCUAAAGUAAUUUAUUACCUAACAACAACACCAUGUAACCAAAUGCGACGGCUAAUCUAUAAAAUUUGCAAUUAUUAUUCUUUUCCUACAGUUGUUCGUCAAAGAAAACGCGUUAAAAACUCAUCAAGAUACUCGAUUAAUCUUCUUAGUAAGUAGAUUAUGAAAAAAUAUGAAUUUAAAUACGUGAAGUUACCAAAUUUCGUCUCAUUUUGUCUAUAGAUAACGUUCGAAUAUUUUUAUUAUUAAUGUGUAUUAAAAUUACGGUGCCAUUUAAACCUACGCUAACUUAUUUCUAAUUACAUUUUGUCGAGAUAUAAUGGGACCAUAUUAUUUUAGACCCAUUGUACUUACUUAUUCUACUGUACCCUUAGUACGAGUUUGCUUUACGUUUAAAGUAAUCGAAACGAGAGCUUUGAUUGGCCGGCUCAAAUAAACCAACCAAUAAGAGCGCCGAACGCGCUUUCGUUUCGAUUACUUUUAAUUACACACUCAUACUAAGGGUACUGAUAUAUGCAUUAAUUUUUACUGAUCGCAUGCAACAUGUAUUAUUUUAUUUUUGUAGUAGAAUACAUAUAUACUUUCGAUAAAACGUCUACAUUAUGUUUGAUAUAAAAAAUAUACGAGUAAAUUGUUAUAUUCUACUAAUGUAAUAUGUAGUUAUGAAAAUAUAAUCUACAUUUCGAAUUUCAUAAUAAUAUUUUUAUAAUAAUAACGAUUUAUUAGUAAUAGUAUUUAUUAAUAUUUAUAAAAAAAAAUGAAAUUAGUCGUGUCAAAAUAAAUUGGAAUAAAUUGCUCAGCCAAAAACAGAAAAAAUAAUAUUAUAGGUAGGCGUAAAAAUGUAAUCGUCACGAAAUACAAUAUUCAAUAGAAAAUUAGGAUUUUUUUAAAUUUCAAUUAGUCAUUAUUGGUAUUUUAGCAACCAAAGAUUUUUAAAUGUCCAAAAAAGUAUUGCAUUUUAUAAAGAAUAUGUGAACAUUUCAAAAAGGAGAUUUUAAUAUUAUAUUACAAUUAAAAAAUCCUUCUUCGGCUUCGUACGAGUUUGUUUUACGUUAAACGAAUUCAUUGGAAAUGGCCAAUCAGAUCGCCGAUCGCGGUCUCGUUUCAAUCUUGUUCAACAAAAAACAAACUCGUACUUAGGACACUGAUGUAUCUAUUCAAUGGUAAAUAUAUCCAAGUUUUUAUCAACUUAUAUCAGAUCAAAAUUCAGUUCCAAUUUGAACUUUAUUUUCAUACCACUAGAGUGGCAAUUAAAUAAUCAGCUUUAGCUUAAUAAGUACCAUUAUAAAGUAAAUGUCUAAUAUCUCAGUACUAUACAUGUAUUAGCUCAAUAUUGUAUUAUUUACUCUCCUAUUAUCGUUAUUAAUAAACUAUUAUGUAACAAUAUGUUUAGUUAUGGCAUUAUUAUUCUUAUUAUAUGUAAAUGUAUGCCAUAUUAAAUUUUAAACACUACCUAUGUACAGCACAUGAAGGCUAAAUAUUUAGGAUAACACAAUGAGAUUAACGCCCAAAUACUGAAACGCUACUCAAUUUUAAGUUGUCUUAAAUAUCUGUCUUUUAUAAAGAAUUUGUAGCGACAGAACUAUUUUUGAGAGUGUUUUAAAAUUUAGUGGCGUUUGAGUAUUUGAAUAUAAACCUUUUUUCCUAGCCAAUUAAUAGAUGCUAUAUAACCUUCAUUGUGCUAUAAUUUAAUAAUUUACUUUAUAAUUGUAACUGGCUGAAAAGUGGGUGAUAUGUCAUAAAGGUGCACCUAAUUAUCCCUUUGGGGAAUAAAACUUAUGUUAUAUUAAGAUCAAUUCAUAUUAGGGCUGAGUUUAAGUUUCAUUCUGAAAUGACAUAGGAAAUUCACUCUUAUCUCCUCAGUAUAAGGCACAUUUUCCUUCUGAGAUCAAAAUUAGCGUUAGAUGAGUAUUUUCCUUCUCAGUCGAGCGUCUCUUGUUUUUAUCUAGAUGGAAAAUACAACGUCAUAUAUUAAUUUUAGAAUGAAUAUGUACCUUACUGUGUGGAGAUAAGGGUUAUUUUCCUAUAACAUUUCAGACUGAAGUUUCUACUCGUUGCCUAAUAUGAAUUGACUAACUUUUCAUCCAAUAUUUUAAUGUAUUUUAACGCUUCUGACAUGCCAUUCGAUAUUAAUCGCAACCCAUAAUAUUACAUGGAUUUUAAUUAUACGAUUUUAAGUUAGCUUUAGUAGAGCGCAUUUUGAAAAUGCGUUAAACUGUUUUAGAUAGUUAUUGUGUAUAAUUGUAUUAUGCUUUUGAAUUAGAUAUCAGUUGAUGUUUAUUAUGUGUGUAAAAUUUUAGUUUAGUUGCUAUGUCAUGCAGCGUUUUGAGUAUUCAUUUAGAUGUUAAAAUUGAAUAGAUUUGUCAAUCACGAUAAUGUUUGAUAAAAUAUAGAAACCGUCACUGUUAUGUCAACCAGUAGUAUCGUAGAUCUACGCAAGACAUUGAUUAUUAUGUUAUCGGCUUACUCAUUGACGAGAAAUUCGACUAGUUUCAAGCCAUGCUAGAGACACUAUCCAUGAGCAGUAUUUCGCGACACACGACGCGGCGAUUGUCGCGCUGUUACUAGUACAGUGGUACAGCUUGGCUUGAAACUAGUCGAGUUCCACGUCUAACAGUUACGUCAGUAAGUCGAUAACAUAAUAAUUAAAUUAGAAUGUCUCACGAAAGUAUUUUCUAUUCUGUCUCAUAUACCGACAGACAAGAGAGGUUAAUAUAGACAAAAAAAUUGUAAGGAAUUCUGUACAAUAUUUACCCAACCAUCAUUUAAAUGAAUACUACAAGACGUGCUUAAAAUGAGUGCUAUUUUCACCAUAAUUACUUUGUAUUACUAUAGACUUGUACCUUUUAAAACUACAUCACAAUUCUACGUCAAAAAUGAAGUAUUUUAAAUCUAGUCUUUAUGACAACAGUAAUACGGAAUAUAUUAAAACUUAAAGGGAAGAUAAUGAAUUUAAAUGGAAGCAUUUGAGACUAUGAAACGUUUUUGAGAAUCAUACGAGUAUGUAUAAAGUACUUAGAACAUACUUUGGGAGCUUAAACAUUAACAAAUUGUGUUUGAGUAUAACGCUAAAAUCAUAAGUUAAGUUUCUUAAGUUCUCUUUUAUCGCUGUAUUGUAAAAGUUCUUAUAAAUUAAUUAUUGCAAACAUAGAUAAAUAAAAAUCAUCUGUUUCAAACGAAUUGAAAUAAUGUAACUAAAAUCGAAUUAGAAACCAAACCGUUUGCCACUCAUCUAUAUUAAAUCUUAUGAUUUUUGUUGCUACUGCCAUUGUAAAUUACUAAUGAUAUCAAAAAAUAUCGAACAAAAUCUAAACUGCUUAUUCCUAGGCAAUUUACUCUUCUAAUGAUCAACAGAAAUGCCCUUAAACUUAUUAUAAUUUAGUAUAACUUAAUAUUUUUAGUGCCCUAUACAUUUUUAUAGUGCUUGUCAUAUUCCUUUGUUGUUAUUUAACAAACAGACAAAUAUUGUUAAUGCAUUUAGCAUAUAAUAGAAAUCGAUAAAAUAUAGCCCUAACAAUUCAUAGUAUAUCAUCUAUUUUACCGUUAGACCAAGGUGGCGCGACUGGUCGCCGUAACCAACAAAAUGUAUACAGUUCUAUAGAAAGUUACUCAUCUGGUGUCCCCUUGGUUGAGCAACCAAUAUGGCGACGUGACCAAUUCGAACGCCAGUACUUAAAGAUCCAUCUUGGUACUGAUGCAGUGUGGUAUAGGGUCUCUGGUGUCUAGUUAGGUAGCUUACGGACAUCACAAUGGCACUAUUGGUUGUCCUAGUGAAUGAAGUGGUCCUAUUAAUGCCUAUGUAGAAAAGAACACACGUUCCAUAUAAAAUAUGUACUGAUAUAAAGCUGCAUAUAGUUAAAAUCCCAUAGUAAUCUCAGCCACCAUAUUUGGGAAGAUUUCAUAGCGUGAAGGCGAUACUUUACCCAUCUCAGCCGUUAAAUUCUGUUCUGCAGUUGUACUUACCAAUUCAGCCAUUGCCACAUAUAAAUCGACAUCAUUAUAACACACAUACUAUAUAUGAGUUACAACUCUAUAUAAAUAUAUCAUGUAUUAUUAAAAAAACAUGACAUUAAUUAGCCGGAAACAUACAACAACGAGCUGACUUUUGUACAGCAAUUACAUUACAUAUAAAAUAAAAUAAUAUAUGCUAUUAUGUGUAUUAUAUUAUUGUGCUACUGAUAGUAAUUUUAUUGUAUAUACAUCCGCUUUUAUGUCAUGGACUUUUAGAAAUACCUGAUGUAAUAUUUAUUUCUAUUAGAAAAGUUUGUCUCUUAACAUCAGAUACAUUAUAAAAUAACAAGCACCACACAUAUAUUUAUUUGUCACACAAUAUUGUCUGUUUGUUAGUCUUUUAUGCCAUAUUAUGUGUUAUGUACUUCAUAAUUAUCAUUAUAACAGUCAAAAAGCCUUCAUUUUAGUUCCUUAAAAAGAUAUAAAGUGAGAUUAUGGAACUAAAUUACUUAAUUUCCUAAAACGCUAUGGCACAGUCACCUUUAAAUAGGUUUUAGAAAACUUUUACAAUAAAGUACUUUUGUAUUUAACGAACAUAUCUGAUGGUUUUGACUUUUGUGCCAUUUUUAAUAUUAUACCUUCAAACGAUCGAUCGAAAUACCAAAUUUUUAUUCAGAAAAAAUAAUGUCAUUAGAACUUCAGACUGGAUAUUUACCAUGUUUAUUAAUGUCUAUGAGUUUCCGAUAUUUCGGCACUGUUGCUAGCGCCAUGAUUACGGAUGAACUCUAUAAACAUGGUAAAUAUCCCGUCCCAAGUUCUAAUGAUAUUGUUAGUGACCAUGUCAGUUUUAAAACUUACUGUUUUUUUUAUAAUAUUUUAUCGGUUUUCGAUUAACUUGAUGUCUUAUUUCCGAAAAUAUAACUUCGAUGUUUUAUGUGAUAUGUAUAAAUUCGAAAAUGCAAUCGAAAGCAUAAUGUGUAUUAUUGAUUUUUUGUUCCUUAAAUACCAAAAUUGUCUACAGAAAUAAUAGCUAUGCAAGGUAAAAUAAUAAUAAUAAAUAGCUAGUAAGGUCAUUUAUAAUGUGUCUUAAAUAAUACUAUCUAGUACCUAAUUCAAAUGUAUCCGUGUGAAAAUUCUGUAGGAAAAAAAAAACGACGAUGAAAUGUAUAUUUUUACAUAUUUUCGUAUGUGAAAUCUUUUCAAUAAAAAGAAAUCACAGGGUAAAA